AUGCUGCGCACUUUGGUUGAUAACCAAGAGUCAUGCAAAUUACCAUCCAAGAAUGGUAACGAUCUGCAGCAGUCAUUGAACUGGGACGACAUUCUGAAUCAAGAUUUAUUUUCAAAUCAGUUUGGCAUAUCCCCACCCUUGGGAUACUCGGUGCCAAAAGAACAAUGUCCCAGGUCGCAUCAGGUUCAGCUACCCCUGCUUCAAUACAAAGAUGAGACAGCCAAACAAAUUCUUCUUGAGCUUCUUCCAUCCCAAGAGGAUGCUAUCAGCAUAGCCAGCCAUACUACAGCAUGGGCGAUGGAGCUUCCGAACCCUCCCGGGGCAAUCUGGAAACUUGGAGAUGGAUCACCGGUUCGCGAUCUCAGUGCCGCGGCACAAUUCAGUACCAUGGGCAUAGCGAAAGCCAUUUUGUAUUUCGCUUUGAGUAUACAGCAACUACCCCCAGGUUUUAAAACAAGUCACCUUCAGAUGGAUGAUGUCGAUUAUCAUGUCCGGCGGUAUACCCAGGUUGUGGGUACUUUGGUUCUAGCCCAUGAGGAGAUGUCGUGUUCCACCGAGGGAUUGGAAUGUCUGCUUCUCCUAGGAAUGAUCCAUAUUAACGAGGGUGAUCUCAAGCAAGCGUGGAUGAAAUUCAGGAGGGCUCUUGACGUUGCACGGCUCCAGGGGUUCCAUAAGAGCUAUGAGCCUUCUGUACGCCAGUCACAAUCUCCAGAACUGGCAUUUCACCGUCGAUUAUGGCUGUCGUCUGUCAUGGGAGAUAGCUUCUGCAGUUUGAUUCUCGGCUUUGAGACUGGGGCUACGCAACCAUUCGGUCCGGACUAUUCCUGGGAUGAUCCGUUCGCAGAUGAAAAUGCCAACUUUCAACGUCGGCUUUGUAUAGUGUCAGCUCAGUUGAGUCAACGAAAUUUGGUUGGACUUCAGAAUAGUAUCGACGAGGCAAAAUCGAUAAACACUGCCAUUGACGGACUGCAGAACUCCAUGCCAGACUCAUGGUGGCAAAGACCCGAUCUUCGUGAAGAACAGUCUCUAAACUGUGCUCAGGAAUACGACCGACUCCUUUCUCAUCUUUGGUUCUUUCAACUUCAAAUACUUGCCAAUACUGCUUUUCUCUUCUCUCCAGAAGCCGAAGCUGAGCAGUACCGCGAUCGCUGUCUCGAAGCAGCGAAGACAACUCUAUACAGAUACCUGGGUCUGCGCCUAGCGGGGACAACUCGACUCCAUUGCAGAGCCGCGGAAAUCGCCGCCUUUGUUGCAUCGCUAGCAUUAAUUCUCAGUCUAAGCAGGAGUACUAGCCCUCAAAUGUCGGAUUCCUCUAAAGCACUCAAUUCCGAUGUCGCCCUGUUGGACCAGAUUAUUGACUCAUUGGCGGCUCUUGGCCUGAGCUCAGGGCACGAACAUUUUGCUUUGAAGAGUGCUGAAAUACUCACAACUUUGCUGCGAAAAUUGAAGAUGGGAGAUUCCGAGGUCUCGGCGUAUCGUGGUGGAAAGAGAAAAGCUGGGCAUUCUGCAGUUCAUCAUCAUACCACCAAAAGGCAAGUCGGUUUGCCUGAAUUACUGCUUUCCUCGGUGAAGAGUGCUCUUAGGAAUCAGCCAAAUGCACAUAUCCUCGACACGGACGAUAUCAUAUGA